AUGAACGGUCGCCGCUCCCUUACGAAGCACUCCAGGCUGUCUGGGGAUGAAGCAUCUCGCACGCCCACGGCCACGCCCACGAAGCAGCCCAAGCUGUCUAGCGAGGAAGCCACGCCCACGCAGCGCUUCCUCGCCGCAUCAGCAGCCCGCCGCCCCCGAACGCGGCACACGUCUGAGCCGCCAACGCUUCCUGUGCGGCUGCGGUAUGGGCCUGGGCAUGCGGUGCUGGUACCGCCUUUCGAAGAAGAGACGCUUCCCCUUGGCAGCCCAGCAUGCAUCGGGACGUGGCUUGCCUCUGCUGUGGUGGCUGUGCGUGGCGUCACGACAUGGGUCACGACGUGGGUCACGUGGGCCGCCUCGAGGGCUGCUGCUGCUGGCAUCGACGCACGCCUUGGCGAGCUCGCCUUGUUGUGGUGGGAGUUUGCCUUGGUGUGGUGGCAGUUCACCUUGGUGUGGUCGAGGCGCGCGCUCACGUGGUGGAGAUGCGCCGCGACGUGCGCGCUUGCUGCACUCGUCGUGUAUGCGUACGUGGCGACGAACCUGGCCUACGCGCCCAAGCCGGACCGCGGCGCCCUAGACAUAUACCACGCCAGCUGCCCGCCGUCCUUCCUCUACCACGCCUCGCUCACCCUGCCCGACGCCGACCUGAACCCGCUGCUGGGGCUCCCGCCGCGCCUCUUCCCCACGUGGUCGCCGCCCCGCCCCGUCGUCGAUGCCCAGCUGCGCCGGCUGCAGCUGUGCUGGCACACGGACAAGGCCGCCCAGCACUGUCGCGGCAGGCGCACGUGUGCCGUCGACGUGGCGCAUCUGAAGGCCGUGGGCGCGCUGCACACGGCCGUCCACGCGGCAUGGAAGCAGCGCCAGCCGACAUUUUGCAUUUCCCAGGCCGUGCUGGGCGUCGGCGACGGCGACCCGAAGCCCUUUCUGCACCACUACCGGCUGUCGCAGGGGGAACUGCGUAAAUUGCUCGACGACCGCCGCAAGCCCGUCGACAUCUCGCACCUGGCCACGCAGCAGCCGCUGCUCCUCAACACGAGCCUGCCUGCCUUUGAUGCCGGGUGCGCGGCGCGCUGCGGGCUCGUUGCGCAGACGGGCCGUCUGGUGCGGCGCGCACUGGUGCCGUAUCCGUGGCAGGACGUGGCCGCCGGGGCGCCGACGCUGGCUGAUGUGGGCCGCCGCGAGCAUUGUGUGUGCAUGCUGGAUGCCGCGUCGAUGCUGCGCACAUACUGGUCACUCAUCCCGCCGCGCAACCACCCACUCUGGGCCGACCCCACGCUCGCCGCCCUGCCCCUCUUCUCGCUCAAGGGCAUCCUCUGGCGGCCGCUUCGCGCCCUGGCCUCGUUCUCCUCAAAUGCCGAUCUCGCGCACGAGUGGGCCGCCCGCGUGGUUGAUGACACGCAGAAGCGGUGGGUCAAGACGGGCUGGUCAGAGAACGCCGAUUUCGACCGCCAUACUGUCGAGGGGCGGGCCAAGCAUCGCGCCCAGGAAGUGCGCUGGCGUGCGCGCAGGGACUGGGAGUACUGCAUUCGGGAGGCUGCGGCCUACGACAGCUUAGGCUUCGGCCUCGGCAGCUUUGCCUUCAGCAGAUGUGGCGACGAGGUCGAGGUGCCUGACGACGCUGACGACGAUUGA